AUGCAACUUACUUAACAAAUGGAUAUUUGAAAACUGUCAUAGAUUGGAUAUCUAGUAUGAAAGGUAUACGCUUGAAGGAUUUUCCAAGUUUCAUAAGAACAACAGACCCAAAUGAUUUUAUUUUGAAAUUUAUUCUAAGUGAAAUUGAAAAGGCUAAAAAGGUCUCUGCGAUAAUUUUGAACUCAUUCGAUGAACUGGAGUACGAUUUUAUUGAUGCUCUUUCAUCUAUUCUUCCUCCAAUUUAUUCGGUCGGACCAUUGCAUAUUCUCCAAAAUCAUAUCCAAGAUAAUGAUUUGAAGUUUCUUGGUUUAAAUCUUUAG